GUAAUGCAACAGUUCCGACAUGCGAUUCUACCGAGGAUGAGAUAGAUGUGUUUGAGUCUCAUGCAAAUCCCCAAAAUUCUCGAAAGAUGGGUUGGAGCUUGUGAAUUGAUGUCUGGUCUCAUUCCCGUCUCAUCUCUCCCAUCUCUCAUCUCUCACAUCUCUCACCAUGCAUUGCAGCAGUUAGUUCAAUUCAAGCUCAUAUUCAGAUGGUCGCUGGAUUGGUAGGCGGCGGGCGGGAUCAGCGGGCCAAAAAAGUAGCAUUACCUCAUCGCUGCCUUGUGAAGCAUAAGCAUGGGAAAAUUAUGCCUAACUUUUCAGGCAGCAAAUCCCAGGCCGCAACGGGUUUUCCCGGGGCAGAGCUCUGCCUGUCCAAUUGAGCCAACCAACGUCUGCUGAUUCCCGACGCGGCAAUUUGGCAAAGCUCCCACCACCAAGCCCACCCACCCAGACUGCUGGUCGUCGCAAAGUUGCAAGUGUGAAUACCUUCAACCUCCACACAUCCAUCCAAAAUGACGGCCCCAUCCCUCGCCAGCUAUGUCACCAAGCGCCCCUGGCUCUCCAAGCUCCUGAAGCCCGUUGCCGGCUGGUACAGCAAUGCUGCCCUCUACCGUCAAAUGGGUCUCAAGGCCGAUGAUUUGAUCUCCGAAGAAAACGCCGACGUCCUCAAGGCACUCGGCCGCCUCACCCCCAAGGAGUCCUACGACCGCAUCUACCGCAUCCGCCGCGCCACCCAGCUCUCCCUCCAGCAAAAGAUCCUACCCAAGAACGAGUGGACCAAGCCCGAGGAGGACGUCCAAUACCUUUCCCCCAUCCUCGAGGCCAUCGAGGCCGAGGCCAAGGAGAAGCAGGCUCUCGACACUCUUGUCCCCUCUAAGGCCAGCCACUAAGAGAAUUGUCCUGAACUUUUGCUUGCAGCCAAAAGAAGAGGAACCGGGAGUGGCGGAAAGGAGAAAAGGGAGGGAAACUGUAUUAUGAUCAUGGACCCAGGUCUGGAACCGACCAGGGUCAAGGAGUAUGGGAGGG